UAAUAAUCAUGAUUUGUAUUUAGAAUCUUGAUACUUUGGUUAAUCUAAAUAAUAAUGUAUAAAUAUUUUUAUGGACAUAUUUUUUAACAAACAUAGCAAAUGUUUAUUUAUUAUAACGUUCAUGCCUCUAAUAUUAUAAUUUUAAUUAUUUUUAUCUGUCAGUAGAUAUGUUAAACACAAAUUUAUAAUGUGAUUGUUACUCUGCAUGAAUUGAAAAUACUAAGUAUAUUUCUUAGUUAAAUAACUUGUAUUUCUUGCGGUGAAUAUCAAUUUAUAAAAAAUCAUCAUUAUGGAUGACCAAAAUCUUUUGGAUUUAGUCGACAGCAGUGAUGAUGAUGAUACUCAAUCAUUAUCAGAUAAAUACAGCUCUAAAGUAUUGACUGUUGAAGAUAUGUUAUUAGGCAAAGGAAGGCAAGAAAAAUCUUUAGGAAAUUUGGCUACAAAAUUCGCAGAACUUCUGAGAAAUUCUCCUGAUGGUGUGAUGCAUUUGAAUAAAGCUACAGCAAUGCUCGCAGUAAAACAAAAAAGAAGAAUAUAUGACAUAACAAAUGUUCUUGAAGGUAUUGGUUUAAUUGAAAAGAAAACAAAAAACCAAGUUAGAUGGAGAGGAUUAGAAACUAGCGAAGAUGAUAAAACUGUAGAAAUGAGAUCAAUAUUACAAGAUGAAAUACAAACUCUCAAAUGGCAAGAAGAAAUAUUAGACAAACAAUUAGAGAUUCUUAGCCGCGAUUUCAAAGUAUUAAAAGAAGAAAAGUCUUUUUCUCGAUAUAUGUAUUUAUUAAGUAGUGAAAUAUCAAAUAAACAACAAAAAAAAUCAGUUUUCACUGUUCAACCUAUGGAAGCCCUUAGAGGAGCUAGUAUAUCUAUUCCUCGAACAAAGUUUAAUAGAAAUUAUAACAUUAAAGCAUAUGACAAAAGCAUGCCUUUUAGAAUACAGUUUAAUUCUAAAAAUGUACCAGUUAAUAUGAAUCUAAUUUCUUUCAAAGCAUUUGGUCGACCUAUGAAUAAAAGAUGCAAUGAAGAUUCUUCAACUAGUAGUUCAUGUAAAAAAACACAUUUUGAAAAAUCAACAGAUGUCCUCAAUAAUAUUGAACCAUUUCCUGAUGAUACAGAAGUAGAAGAAGUUAUAGUAUUAAACAAAGAAGGAAAACAAGUAGAAAAAAAUAAAGAUACAUUCUCAAUUACAAAUGAUCAUUACAUUCAAGUUCCUCCACGUUAUGACCCAGUAUUUAGAUUAAGUCCUCCUCCAUCAGACAGUACUUUCAAUUAUCUCAUUGAUCCUUCAGAAGGUGCAUUUGAAGCUUUUGAUAUUUCACCAAAAUAGAUUUUAAAUAAGUUAUUCAUAGUGAAAUUUUGUUAUAAUAUUAAUAUUGUUUGUAUCAGUUAAACAUAUCACUAAAAAUAUUUAUUUAUGGCUAAAUAAAUGAGCAAUAAUUGUUUGUUUUA